GUUUAUUUCAUCAAAAGUUUUUAACUUGCAAUCAUGACUGGCCGUGGUAAGGGAGGAAAAGGAUUGGGAAAAGGAGGAGCCAAGCGGCAUCGUAAGGUUCUUCGUGAUAACAUCCAAGGUAUUACUAAACCAGCUAUCCGUCGUCUAGCUCGUCGUGGUGGAGUCAAACGUAUCUCCGGUCUGAUCUACGAAGAGACCCGCGGAGUUCUCAAGGUCUUCCUUGAAAACGUCAUCCGUGACGCAGUCACCUACACCGAGCACGCUAAACGUAAGACUGUCACCGCCAUGGACGUUGUCUACGCUCUGAAACGUCAAGGCCGUACCCUUUACGGAUUUGGAGGUUAAUUGGAUCAUUCAACUCAGCAAAUA